AUGGUAAAACUGAAAAGUGUGGUGGAUGCCAACGACUGGUUGGAAUCUGAAUUUGAAACUAUUAGAAGAUUGGCAUUAUUUUCAGUGGCGAUAAGUACACUCAUUGUAGUUUCCUGUAUUACUUUUAUUCCACUCUGUUACGAACAUGUCCAAAGACUACAAAGUUCUAUGACUGUUGAUGUUAUCUUACUAAAGAACCAAAACAAGGAGUUGUUUGAAGCAACACUUAGUGUAUUUGUGGAGAGGGAUGACGACGAUUUGUCCAUCCUUCGUAACAGGACAGACCUGUUCCAAGCAGUAAUAACUAAAAGAGAUGUUGAUAUAGCCAGUAACGAAAUGGAGCUUGACAGACUGAUUCCAUCAGUUAUAAAAAGACUGACUCCUCCGAUUCAGAAAAUAGAAAAAAAAGAGACACCAAAGCAAAAAUGUUGCUGCAAAUAUGGUCCACCAGGUCCUCCAGGUGAUCCGGGCAAAGAUGGACUGGACGGUAAAGACGGCCAACCAGGACUCGAUGGGAGGCCCGGAAAAGAUGCUGCCCCUUAUCACAAUUAUGUUCCAUGUGUACAAGAAUGCCCACAAGGACCGCCUGGAGAAAUAGGACCUGCUGGCGAGAAAGGUCCACGGGGGUAUCCAGGUGAAAAAGGAGACCGUGGACCGCCUGGUAAACCAGGAGCAAAAGGUCCAGAAGGAAAAAUGGGAGCUGCAGGGCCGCCAGGGUUACCAGGAAGGCGUGGAAAGAAGGGAAGCCCAGGUAAAAUUAUAAUCCGUUUCGGUCCGGCUGGUCCUCAGGGUAGACCUGGAAUAAUGGGACCACGAGGACCCCCAGGACCUCCCGGCUUGCCUGGAAAGCCAGGUUUACCAGGUCCCAGAGGACCACGUGGUGAUCCAGGCAAUCGAGGCCCACCAGGCAAGCAGGGACCACAGGGCCAGUCAGGGCCACGCGGAGAAUCUGGUUGGAGAGAAGCUUGUUAUCACUGCCCUCCACCUGAAGUUGCAAUGGGCCCUCCACUGGAAGAUAUUAAAUAG